AUGCUUGACUUUUCGUUAUUUAUUCGCACAGUAAAAGUACGGUCUGUAAGAAAAUUGCUUAACCAUCUGUGUAUUUUACCUCUGAUUCCGUACGCAUAUAGUUUGUUUAGUAGGUGCUGUGUGGGAACCUUAUCGAAUGCUUUUUGUAAAUCGAUGUAUAUUACAUCUAUAUUUUUUUUAUGUAGUAGACCCUCAUACCAUUUGUUAAGAGUGAGUAUUAGUUGUGUUACCGUGGAGCGUUUGGGUAGGAAACCGAAUUGAUUUUUAGACAGUAAAUCGUUCUCGAUUAAGAAUUUCAACACUUCGGAAUAGAUUAUUUU